GGUUUUAAAUUUAAGUCAAAGAAACGUAAAGUUAAUUCAGCAAUAUGGCUUUGCUUAAAAUGUUAAAAAAUCAGAAAGUAUAAAAAUGGCUACCUUAGACGCCUGUUGCUACUUUUUUAGCCUGCGCACUGGCUGCUGUAUAGGUGGUCUUUGGCUAUCGUUUUACUACGGACUCUUAGCUUACUUCAUGUAUUACCAGAUGAAGCACUCGAAACGAGCAGAUAUUCACGCCACCUCUCGUGAAAUUGAAAAGGAAACUAUUGGAUUUUGGGUCCUGGGGAUUUCCUUCAUAGUGAUGACUAGCGCAGCGCUUAUUUUGCUAUAUGGAACCUUAAUGAAGAAGUACGUUUUUCUCUUCAUGUUUUUACUGAUACAAAUUGUUCCCCUGUCAGUGGAGUUCUUCUAUUUGUUCACAGCCAUUCUCUAUGGCAUAGAAACAGAAACAUUUUUUAUGUAUGUCCUGCCCUUAAUUCCAUUGAUCUACAUCGAUAUGGUGGCUUAUUCCUAUUUUUAUGAGCUGCGAAGUCGCAAGAAGUUGAGAUCUGUCUCGGAAAUACAUAUAGAAUAUUGAAGCUAUAUAGCCAUUUCAAAUUUGUUCAGUGUCUAGAUAUAUACAUAUACUAUAUAUAUAACUUAAGAUCACAUACCACUUUUUCCGGUAGAACACACAAAAGACAGCGAUAAGGUUGGAUGACUUGAGAGCAGGAAAACAUGUCAAGAAAUAAAAACAAAAAUGAUUUAUCAUAAUGGGAGUUGGAGUCGCCUGAGUCGGGGCCCAAUUCGGAAUCGGAAUCAGAGUUGGAGUUGGUGAUGGAGGAUGGGGAUGGAGUCUGAGCUCCCAGCGGCGUUGCCUAAACGGGCGAUAACGGCCAAGAUGACGAUGGUGGAGACCAAGAUGAGGACGGCAUGCGGCUGCUGAUGGCGACGAACGUGGAGAUAUCGGGCCGAGAACGGUGCGUCUGGAUGUCAACUCUUCAUAUAAAAAUUAACGAAAUAUAAAUUAAAAAAUAUUCCCUAC